AUGUGCGCGCACGUCAAUCUCAAUAAUUCAGUUAUCACGAAAACAGAUAAAUUAAUUGGAGAAAAACAACAGCGAUUUGAUGUUCAUAUUAAGAAACGUGGGAAGCAUCUCUAAUCUGAACAACAAGAAAACAAAAAAAGAGAUAAUCCGUUGUCAAACAUAAAAGAAAAGGUAAAAUGAUCAUCAUCAUAUGGACAUUAGUGAUAGGUUUGGCUCUCUUACUGUACCUGAAGCAGACAUAUUCCUACUUCAGCAAGCAUGAAAUCAAGAGCGUAACUCCGCUUCCGAUACUGGGCAACAUGGGCAAGAUCGUCUUUAAAUUUAACCAUUUAGUAGAUGACAUUUCGCAAUUGUACAAUAAUUUUCCAGAAGAAAGAUUCGUUGGUAGAUACGAGUUUGUAAAUCCGGUGAUCUACAUCAGAGACAUUGAGAUCGUAAAGAGAAUCACAAUUAAAGACUUUGAACAUUUCCUGGAUCAUCGCACGAUCGUCAAUGAGGAUUCCGAUCCGAUGUUUGGAAGGAAUCUGUUUUCAUUGAAAGGCCAGGAAUGGAAAGAUAUGCGAUCCACUUUAUCACCAGCCUUCACUAGUUCCAAGAUGAAGCUUAUGAUGCCCUUAAUAGUCGAAGUGGGAGAGCAGAUGAUCAACGCCAUAAAAGAGAAUAUUAAAAACUCUGGUGUCGGAUACGUGGACAUAGACACUAAAGACCUGACCACUAGAUACGCCAACGAUGUGAUCGCGUCCUGCGCCUUCGGUCUGAAGGUCGACUCACUCACCGAGGAGAACAACAGAUUCUACGCGAUGGGGAAAGCCGCUACGAAUUUCAGUUUCAAACAGAUCCUAAUGUUGUUGGGAUUUAUUUCAUUUCCUAAGUUGAUGAAGAUGACGAAAUUCAGACUGUUUUCGGAAGAAACGUCCGGAUUCUUUAAGGAGCUGAUAAUGGGCACCAUGAAGGACAGGGAAAUGCGGAAAAUCAUCAGACCAGACAUGAUACACUUACUCAUGGAAGCUAAGAAAGGAAAAUUAGUUCACGACAAUAAAUCAAGCAAAGACACAGAUGCCGGAUUCGCCACGGUAGAAGAAUCUGCUGUUGGCAAAAAACAAAUCGAUAGAGUCUGGACUGAUGACGACAUCAUCGCUCAAGCAGUUCUUUUCUUCAUUGCUGGUUUUGAGACCGUUUCAUCGGCAAUGACGUUCCUCCUUCACGAAUUAGCUCUCAACCCUGAGGUACAAGAAAAGCUGGUUGAAGAAAUCAAGGAGAACAAGGAGAGGAACAAUGGGAAAUUUGACUAUAACUCCAUACAGAAUAUGGCGUAUUUGGAUAUGGUUGUUUCAGAACUCCUAAGGCUGUGGCCGCCAGCUGUCUCCAUGGAUAGAAUCUGCGUUCAAGACUACAACUUGGGGAAACCAAAUGACAAGGCCAAAAGAGACUUCAUACUUCGCAAAGGUACGGGUGUAGCUAUUCCCGUAUGGGCUUUUCACCGAAACCCGGAAUUCUUCCCGGACCCCCAGAAAUUCGAUCCCGAAAGGUUCUCAGAGGAGAACAAACACAACAUCAAGCCUUUCACGUAUCUACCCUUUGGUGUGGGACCUAGGAACUGUAUAGGUUCCAGGUUUGCUUUAUGCGAAGUCAAAGUGAUGGCAUACCAGCUACUCCAGCAUAUGGAGAUAUCUCCGUGCGAGAAGACGUGCAUCCCCUCGAAGCUCAGCAAGGAGAUCUUCAACCUUCGUCUUGAAGGUGGUCAUUGGGUCAGGCUAAAGAUUAGAGAUUGA